CACAGAAGUCUCAAAUGCCUACGGUAGAAAUAAAUAAAUUUCGUUUUUUGAAUAAGAAUUUGGGGGAAAAAUAUCAAAUCGUCGGUGUUGGAUAGAUGGACAAUUACUGUCAAAUGUCAGCUACGUGACGUUAAUAUAUCGUAAAUAGCAACACUACUUAAAUGUAAUAAUCAUCUGACCGAAACAGUUAAUCUUUUCUGUGGUGCAUAUUUAUUUACAAUUUAUUAUUUUGCUUUCUGGAAUAAUUUUGGUAAUAUACGGAUACGUAAAAAUGAAACUAGAUUCUAAUAACAAGAUGAUAAAUGGUGAGGGUGAUACAGAAACGCCAGAGGAAGUGGUAGAUCCUCGCCAGAAUGCAGAGGAUCUUAUUGACGAGAUAUUAGCUGAAUUCACCGAGUCUCGAACACCUGACCCCAGGUAUGCGGGAAUCCCAGAAAAUUUACUUAAUAUGAUACAGACUCCAAGACCAUCAGCAACUGCUUUUUCUAUCAAUCAACCUCCAAAUACGCGAACUCCAGCUAAUUCUUUCUCAGAGAAUGCAACACUGGACGAUAUUGAUCCAUCGUCAGAUCUUGGAACCUCCAUACGAGACAAAUGUAUGGAACUUGAGGAGAUCCUACAAAGCCUUAAAUCCCGAUUAAAUCAUGUUGUUCUUGAUGAAAAUAUUAUUCUAAGUCCAGAUGCAAAUUCUAUGGAGGCAGAGCUUGAGCAUGAUUUAGACACUGAUUGUCAAGAAGAUUUAUCUCUACAAGAAUUUCUUGAAAUUCUCCAUUCCCAAAACAAAGUGGCACACAGUAGUGUAUAAUAAUUAUUUCUAUGUAAUAGUUAAGUUUUGAAUUAAUUAUUAUAAAAUAAUUGUAACUAUUGUAUAAAAUUAAUUCAAUCUUCAGAGGUGUUUGUCUUAGUUGAACUAAUGAUAUAGUCAACACUGGCAGUUUGUUUUAAUUUGAAGGGUGGGAAUGACUUAAACAUUUACCAUCAUUUUAACAUACUUCCACGUUUAUAAUGUGUAUAAAAGGUCAGUUGUUUAUGUUAUUAUUGUAGAAUUUUAGUUGUUAAAAUUAAUUACAUUGU